AUGGCAGUUGUUCUAUUCCAGAAUUCGUGCACUUUGGCACUCUGCAAGUGGCAAAUAAGCUAUUCUCAUUUAUAUGCCAUUCAGCACAUCAAUUACAUGAAGUGCAUUCAGACAACUAAUUUUUUAUUUUUAUCAGGAAAUUGUGUUACCAUGGCAUCGAGGAUUGCUGCUAGAUAUAUCUCGCGCAGGUUCUCUAGCGGUGGAAAAGUCCUUAGUGAGGAGGAGAAGGCUGCGGAAAAUGUCUAUAUCAAGGGUCCCAAAGCAGAUGAAGCAUCCGCAACUAGCGCCGGAGGCUCGGGAUCUGUAACUGAUGCUAAGCCGAGUGCUGGGCAGUCAUCCUCGGCUCCUAAUGUGUCAACCGACAAAGACAAGAACUAUGCUGUGGCUGCCGGUAUUUUUACGAUUGCUGCUGCCUUUGGGUGGUAUUGGGCUUCAAGGAAGAAACAACCUGAGGAGGUCCAGGAUUGA